GAAAAAUUAAUAGAAUUUGAGGAACUCUUCCUGUUGGACGAAAUGAUAAAGGAAUACCCCGAAACACAUCUACAAAAGUUUCGUAUCGGAAUCCACAAAGAAACGAUCCAAUUGAUCAAGAUGCACAACGCAGAUCGUAUAGAUACGAUUUUGCACUUCUCGACAAAUAUAAUCUGUUUCGUUAUUCUAAGUGGUUAUUCUUUUUUAGUUAAUGAAGAACUUUUUAUUCUUAAUUCUUGGGUUCAAGAAUUCAUAUAUAACUUAAGCGACACGAUAAAAGCCCUUUCUAUUCUUUUAUUAACCGACUUAUGUAUAGGAUUCCAUUCACCCCACGGUUGGGAACUAAUGAUUAGCUCUUUCUACAAGGAUUUUGGAUUUGCUCAUAAUGAUCAAAUUAUAUCUGGACUUGUUUCCACCUUUCCAGUAAUUUUCGAUACAAUUUUUAAAUAUUGGAUCUUCCGUUAUUUAAAUCGUGUAUCUCCGUCACUUGUAGUGAUUUAUCAUUCAAUGAAUGACUGAAAAAUGAUCCACCGAUCCAAUUAGAAUUUUGUUAUUUUGUCCAUAAGUAAAAUAAAAUAUUCAAAAUCUUACUUUUUUUUUUAUACACUUAUUUUUUCUAUACAUCCAAGAGAUUCGGAUUCCUCCUAUAUUUUAGUAUUUUAGUAAAAAUUUUUCAGUAACUAGCAGCAUCGUGGAUAGGGAACUAUCCUAGCGACCUACCUAAUUUUAUUGUAGAAAUUUUCUGGAUCAACGACUGGACCAUGCAAACUAGAAAGACCCUCUCUUGGAUAAAGGAAGAGAUUACUCGCUCCAUUUCCGUAUCGCUCAUGAUAUAUAUAAUAACUGGGGCAUACAUUUCAAAUGCAUAUCCCAUUUUUGCACAGCAGGGUUAUGAAAAUCCGCGCGAAGCAACUGGUCGUAUUGUAUGCGCGAAUUGUCAUUUAGCUAAUAAGCCCGUGGGUAUUGAGGUUCCACAAGCGGUACUUCCUGAUACUGUAUUUGAAGCAGUUGUUCGAAUUCCUUAUGAUAUGCAACUAAAACAAGUUCUUGCUAAUGGUAAAAAGGGAGCUUUGAAUGUGGGGGCUGUUCUUAUUUUACCUGAGGGGUUUGAAUUAGCCCCUCCUGAUCGUAUUUCGCCAGAGAUGAAAGAAAAGAUAGGUAAUCUCUCUUUUCAGAGUUAUCGCCCCGCUAAAAAAAAUAUUCUUGUGAUAGGUCCCGUUCCUGGUCAAAAAUAUAGUGAAAUCACCUUUCCUAUUCUUUCUCCGGACCCUGCUGCUAAGAAGGAUGCUCACUUCUUAAAAUAUCCCAUAUACGUAGGCGGGAACAGGGGAAGGGGUCAGAUUUAUCCCGACGGGAGCAAGAGUAACAAUACGGUUUAUAAUGCUACAGCAGCGGGUAUAGUAAGCAAAAUCAUACGAAAAGAAAAAGGGGGGUACGAAAUAACUAUAACAGAUGCGCCAGAGGGGCGUCAAGUGAUUGAUAGUAUCCCCCCAGGACCAGAACUUCUUGUUUCAGAAGGCGAAUCCAUCAAACUCGAUCAACCAUUAACAAGUAAUCCUAAUGUGGGCGGAUUUGGUCAGGGAGACGCAGAAAUAGUACUUCAAGACCCAUUACGUGUCCAAGGCCUUUUGUUCUUCUUGGCAUCCGUUAUUUUGGCACAAAUCUUUUUGGUUCUUAAAAAGAAACAGUUUGAGAAGGUUCAAUUGUCCGAAAUGAAUUUCUAGAUUGCGAAUUUAUCAACAUCAAGUUCUUAUCUUUUCUUAAUUUCUUAAAAAGAACAAAAUUUUUGUUGGAAAUUCUGUAUGAUAAAAAAAAAAAAAAAUUGCGAAAAGACUUUUGUUUUGCUUUUGUUUAUAUUUUUUUUUUAUACCGAAUUAGGGGAAUUACUUGUACCACAUUUCUAUAUUUAGUAUGUAUAUUGGUAAGAAGACUAUUUGACUUUAUCCCCUCUUUUCCAAUCUAAAUUGGAGUGGUGCGAUUAUGUCACUAUUCACAGAUUUAGCUGUGAUACAAUGUAUCCAUAGCUUUUUUCUAUUCUAAUAGAAUCAAAUUCGACUAAAUACUGAUACUAAGCAUAAGAUAACUAAGCGGAAAAGAAAAGGUUAAAUGAGGUAAACAAAAUAUUAUAGGGGAUAUUCUUCUAUUUGUCUUUUUAUUCUUCGACACAAGCAAAGGAAUUUUCCACCCCCCCCCUUUGCUUGUGUCGAAAUAAUAAUGAUUCUUAAUACCAUUCAUCAAAGAUUCCUAUUCUUCAAAGAAAGGAAAAUUUUUUGAGCAAAUAGAACUUCAUAUCGGAUCGACAGAAAACAAAAAAAAAAUAUAAAUAUAUAAUAUAUAUAUAUAUUAUAUGUGAUCCAGGAAAAGAAAAUUUAGCAAUUCCUUCUUUCUUCUAACAGUAUUGAUAGAUAAGAUACUAUCGAGGAAAAAAUAUUCUGAAUCAAUCAAUGAAGUUACUUUUUUACAAGCACCACCCAGAAAAAAGUGUAAUGGAAUUUUUUGAAAUAUUUAAAAUAUCAGAAGAAUGUAAUUCAUAAAAUGGAAUUCAUUUUGUCAUUUAUACGAAUAAAGUAUUAUGAUUAUUAAGAACUCAGCAGCGCCCCCUUUUUUCUGUCUGAUUCGACGGGGAUGCCGUUGAGUUCUUACGCUUUCAUGUCUACAACUCAGUUCAUCCUAUUACUACAGGGAUGAACCCAAGCCGGAAUAGGAGCCAUAAAAGAAAAUACCUAUUAAACCGAUCACAGGAAUACCAGUUACAGUACCUAUUAUCCAAAGAGGAAUCCUUCCAGUAGUAUCGGCCAUUUAUCCCACUUCCCUCCACAUUUAAUCAAGUGGUCCUGCUAGAGACAUGAACAGUCAUAGAUAAUUAUGUGAUGAUAUCCUUCCGACGAGAUAAGAGAAUUUCUGCUCUUAUUUAUUAUUCUAAUACUCUCUUUUCCUUUUUUAAUUAAUAUUUAAUUAUUAAUUAAAUAUUAAUUAAAGAAUAUUAAUUUAAAGAAAUAAAUUUAAUAUUAAUUAAAGAAAUAAUUAGAAAAUAAAACAGCAAGUACAAAAAUGAGUAAUAACCCCCAGUAAAGACUGGUACGAUUCAAUUCAACGUUUUGUUCGUUCGGGUUUGAUUGUGUCAUAGCUUUAUAAUUAAUAUUAAUUCAGAUUAGGUUUAUCGUUGGAUGAACUGCAUUGCUGAUAUUGACCCCAAAAAAGAAA